AUGCAUGUGUGAUGUGAGUGUGAUCUAACUUACACAUUGUAUUUCAGGGGCACUUCUGAAAUAUUUUGGAGCUGGAGCACCCACUGGCCAAAAUGAGGAGCCAGGUGCUUCCACAGCAGCCACAGACAUGGCCAUGGAGUCUGAUGAGGAGCCAUCUACCUCCUCAGCCACAUGUUCCUUACAUGAUUUCUCAGAAAUGCCUCAACCAGAAACCCCUCCCAACCCUGUGCCUGAAGAUGAGCCCCUCUCUACGGACCCUGCAAACUGGCCUUCAGUUCCGACUGACAGAAUUCGGACACAGCUGGUUUGCAGAGGACCAAGUGAGGUACCUGCUGACUUUGUUUUUCCAAGGAAUGAGUUGGAUGGAAGAAGUUGCCAUCACCAAUAUUUCAAAAAGACAUUAGUUAAUGGUGAAAAGAUUCCCAGAAGCUGGUUAGUCUAUUCGGAGAAAAACAACAGCCUUUUCUGCUUCUGCUGCAAACUCUUUUCUAAGAGGACAAUGCACUUAACAAGCUUAGGCCUGACAGACUGGAAACAUGCAAGUUCUCUGCUCACCUCUCACGACAACAGUCCAGAACACCUCAACUCCAUGAAAGUAUGGAAAGAACUGUCAGUCAGGAUAAAAAAGGGGGAAACAAUUGACAACCAGGAGAUGGCACUUCUAGAGGCUGAGAAGAUGAGAUGGAGAGCAGUGCUGACCCGUUUGACUGCGAUUGUGCAGUCUCUGGCAGUGAGAAAUCUGGCACUAAGGGGAAGUACAGAAACAUUGUUCACGCCAUCUAAUGGCAAUUUCCUCAAAGAGGUUGAACUGAUGGCACAGUUUGACCCAGUAAUGAAGGAGCACCUUAACCGGGUCCAAAAAAGUGUCUCUGGUCACACCAGCUACCUCAGUCACAGAAUACAGGACGAACUGGUUAAUUUGAUGAGCAGCAAGAUAAUUUUUGAAAUGGUGAGUGACAUCAAGCAGGCAAAAUAUUUCUCAAUUAUUCUUGAUUGCACACCAGACAUCAGCCACACCGAACAGCUGUCAGUUGUAAUUCGUGUGGUGUCACUGACACGAGAGGAGAAGCCCUGCAUAAAGGAACAUUUCAUGGGGUUUCUGGAAGCAGAGGAUUCAACAGGUCUACAUUUGGCAUCUCUCAUUUUGAAGAGACUAGAGGAGCUCAGAGUUCCUUUUGAGGACUGCAGAGGACAGGCUUACGACAAUGGAGCAAACAUGAAAGGGAAAAAUAAGGGUGUUCAAGCCAGGCUUCUACAAAUGAACCCAAGAGCUCUUUUUGUGCCAUGUGGGGCUCAUACCCUGAAUUUGGUUGUGGCCGAUGCUUCUAAGGCUUCCACUGAUGCCAUGAAUUAUUUUGGCAUCUUGCACAAGCUUUUCACCCUGUUUUCAGCCUCCACUCAGAGAUGGGCCAUACUGAAAAAACAUGUGGGCAUCACUUUGAAGAUGUGGACUGACACAAGGUGGGAGAGUAAAGUGAAGAGUGUUGAGCCCCUGAGAUAUGAGGCAGCUGCUGUGAGAGAGGCACUGAUUGAGGUGAGAGAUCACACUAAAGACCCCAUCAUUAAGGUUGAGGCCCAGUCCUUGUCGGAGGAGGUGGGAUCCUUCCGCUUCAGCAUCUGUACAGUGGUGUGGUACGACAUCUUGAGCCAGACACACGAUGUGAGCAAGUUGAUGCAGUCUCCCAGCAUGCAAGUUGAUGUAGCAGUCAGUCUUCUCAAUAGGGUUGAGAAAGAUCUUCAAAGAUACAGGGCAACAGGCUUUGUGACAGCACAGAUGGCAGCCAAGGAUAUCUGUGAAGAAAUGAAUGCUGAGGCUGUUCUGCAACAGAAGAGACUGAGGUCCACAAAGCGUCACUUCUCCUAUGAGGCAUCUGAUGAGCCUUUAAGUAAUGCUCUGAAGAAGCUGGAGGUCACAUUUUUCAAUGUUGUUGUUGAUGCUGCAGCUUCAGCUGUUCAGGAAAGAUUUUCCACACUGCAGAAUGGACACUCAGAUGUGGAUGGCAGAGAGCUUGUGCAGGAGCUGAAGAACUUCCCUGACCUCCCAUCACAGGAGGGUCUCUAUGGACUUGCCAUCAUCAGCAUCAAUUAUGCAGUUGCAGAACAGAUAUCAUAUGAUGAUGUAAUCGACGAAUUUGCAUCAAAGAAGGCUCGAAAAGUUUUAGAUGGCACUUCACACCUGUACUUAUAG